AAAAAGGUAAUAUUUACUUUUUAUAAUAAUAUACGGAGACAGCGCUUAGCUAUUUAUAUAUAUAUUUUAAAUAAUAAAAACCUAUUUUUAAUUACUAAGCUAUUUUAUAUAAAGCUUUUUAUAAUAAUUAAAAAUUAUAAUAACCUUUAUAUACGAAAAUAUUCUUAUUAA